AUGUACCCUGGCACUGGCACUGGACUCUCGAACAUGCUUUUGCACAGGGUCCUCAUACUUGCAUUCUACAUCGCAUCUUUUGAGGUGCAUUGGCUCGAACGUAGCGCGGCGUAUCGUAUCCUACACGUCCUGAUCAUUCUCUUCAACCUACGUUUCCUCGUACCACACUUGCGAUGGUUGGCACCACUACCCACUCGUAUUCACAAGGCGCUCGCCCGCUCACGACAACUUCUCAAGACGCGCGCUCCGUCUCCCAAAUUGCCACAGGCGCCACCUAGGAUAUCUUCCCCUUCAUCGCCGCCCGCCAUCCUUCGCGCUGUACCCACGUCGUUCCUACCUCCCAAUCCUCCUGUCCCAAUCUACCCCAAUCAGCUUAUCCCUCCAAAAGAAGCAUUCCUUACAGGCGUUUCCGGCCUGAGAGAUCUACAUGUUCUCCCUGAACCUACAGUGAACGGACGUCUGGCUCCGCGCUUGCUCAUCAUAUGUCAGGACGGCGUCGGCAUGCUCCUACAUCGCGAGAUCGCAAUGAUAAAGUCGGCCACCCUUGGCCACCACAUCUUCGAGCAACGGGUCAUCCCUUUUCCCUUGCCAGAUAUCAUGAGCGUGGUCAGACUGCACGAAGCCGUGAGCGUCGACGGUGUGAAGGAAGACGUGACAUGCCUCUGUUUCAAGAAAGACCGCGAACUGUGGCGCUAUCCAGCAUUUCAAUCCUAUCUGCCGAUACUCGCUCAACAAGGCAAAAUGCCGUACCCGGUGUACAUCCGCCACGUCCCAGAGGCGAGCGACCUUAUGCUCCCCAUCCUUCGCUCGUGGUACGCCGACGACAUGGACUUCCGGAUGUGUUCUUUUACUUCCGUGGCCAGCGUCUUUGAGACUGCUGUGAAGUACGAUGUUACCAGCAAAUUGCUGGACGACACCGUCGACCGCUUCCUACGCGCGCAACUCACCGUCGACCCGUUCGAAGUAUACGUGUUUGCAACCAAGAACCAGCUGUAUGAUAUGCGUCAUGAUGCUGCACAUUACGCUCUGGCCCUAGCCCCAUACGAUGACACCAGGCGUGUAUUCUUGACCAACCUACCAAGUGCACGGCUUCUACAAGAGCAGGGUGGCCAAGCUUUCGACGAUCUCGUGCGUCUGCAGACAACUCGCAACGCGGCAUCUCUCGCCACAUUCAUCUCGGGGGCAUGGAUGGAGGAAAUACCGGGCGCAUUGGCACGUCGUUCGCACUGUGAGCGAAUGCAGCAGCGUGUUUGGCGUCGCGCGGCUAUGAAGCGCGGUAUAGUAUGGUGGGCACACCCCGAGGAAUGGGAGUAUAUCGACACAGUGAAGGAGCUCUUGGGCCGUUUUGCGGCUCCAAGAGCGGUGGCGGAAGUGCCCAUCAAGGUGGUAUCUUGCGGGCCCUGCAAGUGCGCCUCGUUCAUGGGACCACAUAACGAGUUGAAGAAUAUGGUGUUGAGAGCUCUGGAUAAAGCGAUGACCACGUGCUAUCUAUAG